GCCCCAACCAUUGUCAAGUUUGCUAGCUUCUGUACUUUUGUACUAUAGGAACAAGGGGCUGUUGCCUGCCAUUGGCAAGGAAAACAUUUCCGCCAAUACAGCUGCUGUCUGUGUUGCCCAGUACUCAGAUAGCAGGACUUGUCUCUUCACAUUCUCUCAGCUCAACUUUCAAGCUAGAAGGAAACAGCUGCCUCUGGCCAUCAUCUUUGUCCAUAAUUGCAAAAUAGAAUUUGUCCAGCUACCCAAUUCUUUGAGAAAAGUUGUAGGAUUGGGGUUUUUUGUUUGUUUGCUUGCUUGCUUUGUUUUGUUUCUUGAGAGAAUGAGAAUUUUCAUAGCCUUUGAGGGAUCUUUUGAACCAUUUGAUGUUGCAACAGAUGAAACUGUGGAAGCUGUCAAGCUGAUGAUAAAGGAUUAUUUCCACAUUCCUCUCUCUGAAGAUGAACAAGGAAGGUGGUAUCUGGAGCUAAUAUAUGCUGGAGCAGCCCUAAAGGACAGCUGGAGUCUUGCUGAUGUUGGAAUAUCUUUUGGUUCAACUCUCAAAUGCUUUGUUAAGGAAGAAGACAAGCCAACUCUCUAUGUGUUUAAUGCUGUGACCCAAGAGACAAUGCCAAUGAUGGAGAACAUUUCCCUUCUUGUUCAAAAAGUGUCUGAUCUGAGAACCCUGGUAGCUUUGAGAUGUGGCUUCCCUGUGAGUGUCUUCUGUCUCCGGACCCCAGAAGGACUGGAGAUGUAUGACUGCAACACACUGAGGGACUACCAGAUAGACAUCGGCACAACACUUCGUUUGGAUGUCUGGGAUGGAUGGAAGGAAUUUCUGAUGGGUUGUCUUCUGGGACAAAAACUUAAAGUGCAACGCUAUUUAUCGAAUGAAGGACCAGUACUCAAGUAUCAGAAAAAGGUAGCCCUGUACAUCGCCGCCUUUUACGGGUACAUUGAGCUCACUGAAUGGGCCCUGAAGCAGGGUGUGCGGCCCGAAGAGGCUGUGGGUGUUCACCCCUGUCGAGCAUGGUGCCAUGAAGCCCUUCAUGCAGAUGUCUCUAAAUGCCCCAUUCAUGCAGCUGCAGAAAUGGGCCAACUGUUGAUUCUGAAGGCCUUUGUCCACUGCAGCGUGCUGUGCCUGGAAUGCAAAAAUGCAGCAGGACAAAUUCCCCUGACCAUCGCCUUUAAACACAAGCAUAAAGACUGUGUAUUGUAUUUAUUGAGUAAAAUGUGGUCCACGGUUUCUUUUCCGAAAAUUUCAGUCCCCAUGAGGAUUUAUAUUAAAAUAAAACAAUGGGUCCUCAGAGCCCAGAGUCACAACCUUAAUAAAAGCCAGCUUUGCAGAGCAAGGGUCUCUGGGGCAAAAGUCGGAGACACGGUGAUGGUGGAUGGUUUCAGCACGCCAAAAAUGACCUCCAAGAGCUGGUACAAGGCUAGGUGCGAGGAUUCACAAAGCACCGUGGCCAAGCUACCGCCUCUCAGGGAAGAAAUUGUAAGCCGAAAACCUGUCAAUCCUUUGGCAAUUUCACAGCACGACACAAAACAACAAACCUUGAAAUUGCCUCCGCUGGUAGAUGCAAGUACAUUCUCUGAAUUACAACGACAUCAACAACACCAUCAGAAAAAAAUUACUGCCACAGCUAGGAAAAAAGAAAAGCUCAUAAAAAAUACGUAUCUCCCUCAAGUCCCCCUCCCCCCAGUUUCCAGAGUGGGCUACUCACACCCAUCUUUUUACUAUGCAACACCCAAAGCGGACUUUUUACUCAAAUCCUCGUUGGUGUGUUUCUCGGAGCACAGUGGUAAGACUCCAAGGGAGAAUGCCAUUUACUGCUUAGCGGUGGCCAGUGCCUUUAAAGAGAAACGAUGGCUUCAGCAGUUAGGAAUAGCAAGAGUUCUAGCCAAAAAGAGCAUUUCUAACUUGACUAUACAAGGAGGCCUAACAGCAUGUGAAACUCCUCCAGAAAUUGUACUUUGAAAAGUCAUGACAACUCCAGUUUGGGCAAAGACCUGAUCCAACAGAAACUUCAGUUCUCAUAUUAACAUUUCAAGUAACUAAUGCUAUAAUUUCUAAUAACGGUCCUAAUGCUAUACAACCAUCGACAGGAUAUUUAGUGUUGAACAUCAUGUUUUCUUGAACUCCAUCACUGUAAGUGAACAUUUCAGGCAUGUGUUUUUUUACACAGUUCAUUGAAGAAUUCUUAAGAAACGGAGAGGAGUAGCUGCCUACAGUGGUCUUUCCUACAGGGUAGGAAAACUGGAAGAAUGGGAAACAGGAUGGGCGGAGGGUGAGAAUUUUCACUGUUGCUUUCUGUGUUUUCGUUUUUCUGGGGUUAUUUUUAAUGCUUUUUGUUUUUUAAACCAUAUGAAAGUAGUACAUAGUAAAAAUAAAUCAAUUUUAAUACUCUCUAUAGGGAAAGUCCCUAGGGGAGUUACAAAUACUGUUUAGGUCAAGUACUUGGUCUCGGACAUCUUUUGAACUUCUGCUAAAAUAUCAUUAUUAAUUUUUUAAAUUGAUACAUACAGUGAAUUGCACAAAUCUUAAGUGUAAGAUUCAACGGUUCUGACAAAUAUAUACAUCAGUAUAACCAGCACUCCAAUCAAGAUGUAAAUAUUUCCAUUUCCCCAGAAAGUCCCUUCAAACCCCCAUAACUAAGUCCAUCCCAGUCCUCCACAGACACCCACUACUCUGAUUUCUGUUUUUUUUUAACAGUGAACUUUACUUUUAAUUCUUUCUGUUGUACAUUUGCUUUCUUAUUUGUUUUUUUUUUCCCUUUUCUUUCUUUCUUUUUUACAGUUUCUACUUCUCUGAUUAAAUUUUUCAUCGUCACCUAAUAUUUUGGACAUAUUAUUCGUAGUUAUUUUGGGUUCAGUUCAGUCCUAAUAACUCCAAUAUCUGUACUUCAUUCAGAUCUUUUUUAGACUGUUUUUUAUUAUCUAGCAUAUUCCAUUGUAUGGAAUUUAUCUGUUCAACUGUAUAUAUAUUUGGGUUGCCUCCAGUUUGUGUUAUUAUGAAUAAAACUGCUAUGAACAUUA